AUGUUAAUGAUCCAAGCCUAUGGGUUAGGACUCAUAGUUACUCCACAGCUGAUGGGCGACAAGAAGAAAUAUUCGAGCAUUAAUAAUUUACUAAACUGUGUGAGUUAUCCAACGGUGAAAGAUGAUAUAAUAAUAUUAACAGUCAACAGUGGGGAGAAAUUACCAUCUCAAGUAUUGAAUAUGAAUAUUUUUGAUUCAGAGAAUAAUAAGAUCAGAUACAAGGGAGAUAUAUCAGACGAAUUAAAUUUGAUAUUUACCAAUUUAAAUAACCCUCUGAAGAUUAACCACAAUAACGAUCAUACUCCCGAUAAACGUAAUAUACUAAACAAGCUUCAUAUAGGGCGAAAUAGUAAAGAACAAGAGAGGAUUGAUGAGCUUAUGAACAGCGAUACUGGAAAAUCUUUGAUUUACAUCUGUUUUGAUAAUUUGUACCUGGAUAAGUCGUGGUCAUUUCAACCACAGGAUAGGGAAGUUGAACUUUUUGUCGAUAUAAAGAACAUGACUACUAUAAAACAAACUAAUUAUAACAUUUAUGCGCAGUAUUUCAAGAAAUUUAAGUAUAAUUCUGACAAAGAUGUUGAAGCCAAAAAUAAUGAAAAGAAAACCAAAGAUAAAGAUAAAGACGAAACUUCGAAAAAGGACUUUACGCAAGUAGACUUUGAAAACAAUAUCAAGUUUUUAGAAUCAGAAUUAAGUGAUAUUGUGGAAAACUUAAAAAAUUCAGAAUUGAUAUUAAAAAACUUAAUGGAGCAAGAAUCUAAAUUAAGAGAUGCAAAUGAAAAAAUAUAUUCUGAGUACACAAAAGUCUCGAUCAUCAUGAUAGUGAUUAUAAGUAUAUUUGGUAUGGCACAAUUGGUCUAUUUCAGAUGUUAUCUAAAAAAGAGAAAAUUUUUAUAG